CCCGCUUCGCCCCUUCCCGCACUGCAGGCCUCGAGGGGAAGAUGUCCUCCUACCCGGGGAAGAAGACCGUCCCUCGGAUCACGACUGACCGCUUGCUCAUCAAAGGAGGGAAGAUUGUCAAUGACGACCAAUCAUUUUAUGCAGAUAUCUUUGUGGAAGAUGGCUUGAUUAA